AUACAAACACUGUUGGGGGGAGAUUUAAUCAGGAUUAGCUAGGUAAUGAGAAAAUGGCUACGGGGUUAUAGUAACUAAUUUACAAAGGUUUAACUAACCUAUUUAUAUCCAAAUCAGGGAAAAUAACAUGCACAGGAUAGAGAUACACAAAAAUGUAAACAUUUAUAUGUUAUAUAUCAACAUAAAGCCAUUAAAUAAACUUUGCACAUGCUCCUAUUUGUGACACGUGGACGUUUAGUAGCGUUUAACAUUGAUCCCUUUCAAUGCUUUUUGUAGCUGGCGUUCCCUUAGACCUCGCGCAUGCGCAUUGUCGCGGUCAACGAGUCGCCAUUUUCAAAACCGGCAGAAAAUGUUGUCCUUCGGUGGAGUUUAAAUAAAGACCUGGAUGAUUUGAAUAACACUGAAGGUAAAAAGGAAGUCGGUGUGGUCGUUAUGUGUUCCGAGCUGUGUGUGUCAAAAAGAAAGAAAGAAAGAAAGAAAGAGACAAACGAGGAUGAAAAAGUGUUGUUUUUAGCAGCACUCCUUGCUGGCUUGAUAAACUAGCUAGCAUAGUUAGCAGCUAGUUAUGGUGAAGGAGUUACUAACAGUAUUAUGGCAACCGGUGCAUCAUGGAGCUCCCGAACUACAGCCGGCAGCUCAUGCAACAGCUGCAGACUUUGCGAAAAGAGUCCCAGUUCUGUGACUGCACUAUCCUGGUGGGGGACGCGACCCAUCCGGCACAUAAAGUGGUCCUGGCCGCCUCCAGCCUGCUCUUUAAGUUUCUCCUCGAGACUUCGGACAGCAUCUCCAUCGACACGGCAGUGGUCACGCCGCAGGAGUUCUCCUCUCUGCUGGACAUGGCCUACUUGGGCAGACUGGUGCCUGGCAAACACGACUUCACGCGUGUCGUCGCUGCUGCAGACAGCCUGCAGAUGUUCGACGUGGCAGUCGGCUGCAAGAACGUCCUGGACGAGCUCGUGAAACAGUCCGAAGACGCUCAGGGUUUAAAAGAUCACACGGACAUUCCUUCGCACGAACUGGAAGAACCAAGACGACUUGAUGCUUCUGGACGAGAGUUUGCGUCACAAAAGGAAGAUGGUGCGGUGGAGCUGCUUUCUCACAAACAUGACGAUCUCGUAAGGACCCUGCAGGACAUCCAGCCGUGGAUCAACGUCCUUCGGACCUGGGACGCACUAUCACGCCAGCACCAACGCAUGUUGCUGGAGUGUUUCGAAGGAGAUCCAGGUGUGGACGUGGUUUUCCAGCGCCUCUUGGACCUGGUGAAGGAUGGGCGUGAGGUCUCAGCCCGAGCCGUCGUUUCGCUACUGGACCAGAUUAAGAGCCUAAAGCCUGAUCCGGAGUCUGUGGAGGAGAGGGAGGAGACGGGACCGGACCUCAAAGGCGGCUCCGCAGCCGAGGUUGCCAGAUCUCCCGGAUAUCAGCACGACCUCUCUUCAGACCUGACUGAGUUCCUCGCGGGUGUGGAGAACGUUUCUGAACUGCUCGCUCGAACAGCGGAGAGAUGCACGAGCGAAGCCGUAAAGCAGGUUCUGCUGGAGUGCAGUGGAGAGCAGAAUCACGGGCAGGUGCUGAGGAAGCUGCUAAGCACGCUCGCUGAGAGAGGAAUAGAGGAAACAUCCGUACUGCUGCUGCUGAAGGAGGUGGAGGACAGCAGCACGGACAGUGCAGAUAAGAGGAUGGACGACCGCAUUGGCCUGCCGCUUUUGAGAACUUUCCAGAACAGGCUGUGUGCGCUGAACCUGGAGGCUCAGAUCAUCAGGCGGAGUUUGGACGAAUUGCCUAGCGUCUCGUCCGAUCAGAGAGAGGUCCUGCAGAAAGAGGCUGACGGUAAUGUGGAGAAGCUGCUCAGAGCUGCUCUGGAUGGAGGUUUGGUUCAGCCUCUGACGGUAUGGAGGCUCCUGUUCUGGGCCGCGACUCACGACCCGGAGCUCCGACUCGUCAUGCAGGAAAUCAGGACAAAUCCAGAAGCUCAGGACCUCAUACACACUGUUGCCCUAGUGGAUGCCUUGUCCAAGCACAAAAAGCUCAUUCUGGAAACAAUCAAUGAAAUCCCUGACCUGGAAAGAGCUGCGGGCGAUUUGGACGGCGAUAAAGACAUCACUGAGUUCCUGCAGAGCUGCCGUGGUGCUGACGGAGGGACGGAGUCCGUGCAGCAGGUUUUGGACCGGGUACUGAGCAGAGAGUCGCAGCACGUCCGGCCGCUUUGUCGCCUCCUGUCCACGAGCCGGGUGAGCUUCCCCCAGCUUUCUGUCCUCAUCCAGGAGCUCAGCCAUGUUGAAGCGGAACGAGACGAGGAGACUGCAGGCUCCGAGAAAGAGGGAGAGGAAGAGGAGAAGGAUGAAGGUCGCAUAUUCAGGAGGAGGAAGGGCGUCGUGGUGUCCUACAGUUGCCAGUGGUGCAACAAGGCCUUCGACUUUAAGUGUCGUCUGCUGAAGCACAAGAAGCAGUGUGCGUUCUGUCCGGAGAGAAUGCAGCGCUGCACCGAGUGCUCCGCCUUGUUCCCGUCAGUCACGGCCCUGCAGCAGCACCGAGCCGAGGCUCACAACGGCCCGCCGGUUAAGAGGAAGAAAGUAGAGCCGGUGACAUGUGAGCUCUGUGGAAAGACCUUUAAACACCCUUCUGGUUUGUUGUACCACAGGCGCACGGAGCAUUUGGAGGAAAGGCCCUACGCGUGUGAGGAAUGCGGCACCAAGUUCUCCGCUAACUCGUCCCUGAAGAACCACAUGCGGCUGCACACGGGGGAGAAACCGUACCGUUGCAAACACUGUGACAUGAGCUUCACCGUGGCCGCCGCGCUGUCCUACCACACCAAGAAGAAACACUCGGAGGGUAAGAUGUACUCAUGUCAGUACUGCUCGGCUACGUUUGCGCAGUCUAUCGAGCUGACGCGGCACGUGCGUACACACACAGGAGACAAACCGUACGUGUGUAGGGAGUGUGGGAAAGGCUUCAAACAGGCCAACGGGCUCUCGGUGCACUUGCAGACCUUCCACAACAUCUCAGACCCGCACGACUGUCAGAAGUGUCGUGUGAGCUUCAGUUGUCUGGAGAAGCUUCGAGAGCACAUUCAGGAGGUUCACCCUAAAGAUCUGCACCAGUGUCCAGAGUGCAGUAAGAUCCUGAACACCGCGGCUCAGCUGGAGAAACACAUGAGCGUCCACGACGGCAGCAAACCCUACAGCUGCCAGACCUGCCACAAAUCCUACCAGACUCUCUCAGGGUUGUGGUACCACAAUCGCACCACGCACCCGGACGCGGUGACGGCGGAGGGCAGUCGCACGGUUUCUCACCUUCUGCACUGUAAGAUCUGCGACAAGGCUUUCUGCAACAGGAGCAGCUUGUUUAAACACAACAUAACCAAACACCCAGAAACCCGUGCUGGGACUGAAGAGGGUGAAAAGGAGGCACAGGCAGACACAUUCGUGUGGAGGUGUGUGUACUGUCCUCGUGCUCUUAGCAGCGAGCAGGAGUUGCAGCAGCACGUGUCGAGCGAACACGUGAGCCAGCAGGGAUCCGUGUUCGCCUGUGCCGUCUGCUCGCUGUCCUUCCUCUCCGAAGCCGAGUUCCAGCAGCACUUCCUCACCAGCCACGUGCAGCUCGUCCAGGAGGAGGAGGAGCUACAGGCUCAUGGCUCCACCUCCCAAAUGGUGAUCCAGUCAGAAGACGCCCCAUCUGAAGGGGCGGCACAGAUCGUCGGGCUCGACCAAUCACAACUGGCCGGCUCCCAACAGGUGUUUGUUGCCGUGGGUGACGGCGGGGAGGCAGUGGCUGACUCGGGGAUCGUUGCCGUUAACAUGGAGGACUUGCUGACAGGCCAUGUCACGCUGAUCUGUGAGGAGAACUAGUAGAGUCGUGUUCACACAGGAGAACAAACAUGUCGGCAAAACACACGCAUGCACACACACACACACACCCACACACACACAGACACACACCAUAUAUUACGGACAGUUUUGUUUUCACACAGCUCAUGGUGCAAAUUCACAUCUUUAGCUCUUCAGGAAAUAAGAGGUACAGAGUGUGUGCGCACGCGUGUGUGUGUGUGUGUGUGUGUGUGUUCGCACCAUGUGUCAGAUGGAAAGACGACAGCACAGUUCAGGCUGCCUCUGAUGAGGUUAAAUCAACGGAUGUAUUUUUUUUUCUUCAUUUUAAAUAAUUAUAUAAUGUUUCGAUUCCUUACCGAGGAGACGGCGAAUGUUUGUGCGACUGCAAACACAGCAACCAGUCAUGAAUUUUUAAAUUUGAUCAUCUUACCGUCUCUGAAGGGUGUUAAACAGUAUAUGCACAGUGUUAUUGAUUUAUAAAGCGGCUGUGGUAUGGAUUGAUAAAAAAAAAAAAAAACAAUAUUUCAUCUUUAUUUCUCUUUCACACUAAAAUUAAAUACAUGAAGCAGCAGAAAAGGCCUUGUCUUCAGCCACGAGGUGUACAUAUUUUAUCAACGAGAUAAUAUCCUUAUUAAAUGACACCUUCAUGUA